UUCACCUAUCGCAGAGUUUUUUUGGAACGUAGCACCCGUGAUAGUCGAGGAAUUACUGUACACGCAUCAGUAAUGGAAUGUGUUUUUUUCAUAAACACUAUUUUCGAAAGCCAUUCUUAACCGGAUCUGACCGAUGUUGCUAUCAAUCCGUACCGUUGAGUUCAUGAUGGCCUUGACGUGUUGGUUGUACUCACCAUAUCAAGUGGUGAGGAGAAGGCUAAGGGUAGCAGUGCCAGCUGAGGUGUCCCGGCACAUAUCCACCUGGAAGAAACGGAUUGAGAAGCAGCAAGCCAUAGAGGAGACUGUAGUGCAAUACACAGCAGAGGAUGUUAGUCACCUGAAUGAAAGACUCUAUGUGUGGGGCUUCUCUGCCACUGGUGCACUGGGGAUCAAGUCCUAUUUAAGACCUGGGGUGAAGCAGACACACCUAUCCUUCAUGCAUCGUCCUGCUAGAUUAAAAUUCUUUGAUGAGCAACAUUUAAAGAUUGGCCAUGUUGCUUGUGGUUAUGGUUUUACAUUAUUCCAGUCUAGUUUACAAGGUUCCUCUGUACUUCUUGGCACUGGUAUUAACACUGAUUCACAAAUUGGAUGUUAUCAAAUGCAGAAGGACUCGGAUAGAUUCCUUGAUUACAUAAUUGAACCCACAAACAUUGAAAUACCUUUUCUUCAUCAAACUAAGACGAAAAUUAUAGGAAUGGCUGGUGGCCGGGCACAUACAAUCAUUCUCACUGAUCAAGAAGGUGUGUUCAGUCUUGGUAACAACUCAUUUGGUCAGUGUGGUCGACCGAUUGUAGAAACAGAAAAAUACAGAGGCAGUUCCACCAUCACUAAAAUUAGACACCUGCCUGAUAACAUAAAAGAGGUUGUUUGUGGUCAAGACCACACAUUCUUUUUGACACAGUCUGGAGAGGUAUACAGCUGUGGCUUAAGCUCAGAUGGACAGACAGGUUUGGGUCAUUACAAGAAUGUGUCACAAGCAACACAAGUGAAAGGUGAUAUUGAAGGUGUCAACAUCAAACAGAUAGCAUGUUCUGGAGAUUGUGUCCUAGCUUUAUCAGAUGAAGGAGAUGUAUUUGGCUGGGGCAACUCUGAGUACAACCAGUUAGCAUUGAUUACUGAUCACACCCAGGUGCAUACACCAAAGCAUUUUAAACUAUCAGCAUCUUUGGGCAAAAUCACCCAAGUGGCAUCUGGUGGGUCAAUCUGUGGGUUUCUGAAUGCCUCUGGUGAAGUUUUUACAUGGGGUUUUGGUAUAUUAGGGCGAGGUCCUAAAGUCCAGUCUUCUACAGUACCUACCAAACUUCCUACUCCACUGUUUGGUGCUAAUGAACUUGAUCCUGCUAAGACUGUUGUUUCCCUCAAAUGUGGAAUUUACCAUUUUGCUGCUCUUACCAACCGUGGUGACCUCUAUACCUGGGGAAAAAACAAGCAAGGAUACCUUGGACUUGGAGACAGAAAUGAUCAAUUCUUUCCACUGAGGGUGUCGAUGCCAGUGGAGGUGAUUAAUGUAUGGUGUGGUGUUGAUCACAUGGUUGCUCACUGUCGAGCAUUCUCAUGACCUGUCCCAUGAAUCUGGUUAAUUACUGUAUUAAUGUUUAUACUCUGCAUAUUGUAGCUGUUAUUUGUUCAUUACUUUUCCCUAUUUUGGUUGUCACUGAUGCAAUUUUGGCUCUUGAUAUUUGUGAUCUGUAGCAGUAUCCAUUUAGUGUAAUUCUGUCCCUUAAUGUCUAUGAUGUCUAGCAGUGUAGUUCUGUCUACUUCUGACUAAGCUCAGUAUGGAGCUAAUUACUGCAAGAAUAUUUUAAGUUUUCAUUCAAUUCACUUCACAUUUUCUUUAUAAAUAGUUUAUUUGCCAUGACUGGGUUGAAUAGGUUGUGGUGUGUUCAGCUUGUGACAUUGUGUUAGUUAGCCAUGUUGACUUUGUGUCUAUUGCAUUUAUGAUAUAACACUACUAUGUGACAUCCAGUAGGUUAUGUAAUAACUAUAUAACAUUGUGUUACAUUGAUGGCCAUGUAACAUUGUAAACAUUGUCUUAAGGUAUAUUACACUGUCACACAUUUUCAUAUAUAACUGUUAAAAUGUUCAAAGCUAAGUCUUUUCAGAUGAACAUCAGCUACAUCAAAACAGCUCCUUGUUGUGAUGGUAGAACAAUGUUGUACAUUGAUGUAUUUUGUUGAAGAACAAACACUACAAGAUGGUGCUAACAAAACUUAAACUCAUAACCUCAGGUUCCUAAUGUUGCUCUUUAAUCAAUUAUUUGUAUUAAUCCUGUUGUUGUAUAACUACUUGUUAUUUUGUCUAUAUUUUAGUCUGUGUACACUGCAGUGUAGUGGUAUACUCUCAGUGAAUAGAGUUUAGGGCCAUGUUCAGUUUCUAAUUGUAGCUAUUUCUCUUAACGUCUUACUUUGUUUAAAACAUAUCACACAUCUUCCCCUCCACAGCCAAGGACCUAUAAUGUGGAUUGAUAGUGAGAUCGAAUUUGACAAAGAUCUUAAUUACUAUUCUGAGAAAGAAUGAGAUGAAUUCUAGCCUGUCAUAGAUUCAGUCCCAAAUAUUCUGUUUGACCUAUUAUCUACUCCAGGCAUUCUUUAUUUGUAAUUGAAAUUUACCACAUUAAAUCAAGUGUACUCUAAUAAAACUUCAUGGAAAAUAAAAAUUAAAUAUACAGAAAAUUACAUUUAUUUCGAAAACUUAAUCUAUAUCAUAUGCCAUAAAGGAGCAAGAGGGGAUUAAAUGUCAUUAAAUAUAUCUAUGUAAAUUUUAUUCUAUCAACAGUCCUGGUCAGUCUAAAAUAAAUAGUAAAAUUUAAUCUCAUUUCAUAAAAAUAUAACAUUAAUGUUAGUUUUCAAUGCUUCAUUGUGGUUAUCAACUUUUCUCAAUCAAAUUGAACAUCUAACUCUCAUUCACUGUGAUGUUUACUUUCUGUCUCACUUUUUAAAUCUGUUCACUUGCUAUAAAUCUUAGCAAGAAAUUAUGAACUAAUAUUUCAAUGAUUUAAAGAAAUUUAAAACAUUGAAAUAAAUAUAAGAUGGAAUAAAAAAAGAUAUUUUUUCACGCAAAAUCCUGAUUUCUAGAAAACUAAGUUCCCCAUCUCUGAUAGAAAGACAUCCAACUUCAAAAGAACCUGUCUUAACAAUUGAAGAAAAUGUAUAAAGUUGUUCAACCAUUCAAUUCUAAGCCUGUUCAUAAAUGUAAAUAUAUUUAACAAAAAAAUUGUUCUAAAUUGAAGAAAGAAGGGAACUUUGCUAAGUUUUCUGAAAAUGUAUUUUAGAAUAAAUAUAGUAAUAUAUAAAUUGUAC